AUGAAUCCUCAAAUCAUGAACGCCUCUGAGAAAGAGCCUUGGAGAACAAGGCCGGACUUCACUAUCAUCAUCUCUCGCCUUCCCUCUGCUCUGACCCUUGCCGAGCUCUACGAUUCUUUCGCACGGCAUGGAAAUAUAUCAUGGCUCCAGAUCGACGAGAACCGCAAUGGUGAUCGAAACAGAUUCGCCAAAGUCCGCUUCGAGCCUCCACCCAAGCUUGAUUUCUGGUCCUCGAAAGCCUACACCGUCAGAUAUGGCGAAAGCAAGAGUGUGCAGGUCUCACUCAGAGAAUUCAAGACACCCCAUGAGACGUACGAGGGUUUGGUCAAGAGUCCCUCCAAUCCCGACAUAUGGCUCAAGUCCAGGAUUUCUUUACAGGCAGAUCGCAUGGAUUUCGGCUCACGACUUCAGGAAAACGAGAUGGUGGUGCUCAAGUCUGUCACUUCUGGUGUAAGAAUCGACGUAAAUCUCUCAAAGAAAAAUCUCUCCAUCUAUUUCGACACUUACACUCGGGAACAAGAACCUACCCAGGUUGCUGGAAACCAGGGUGGCCAAAACCUCGAAGACGAUGACGCCAGUCACCACAAGUGCUCUGUUGACUUCGCUCGCCUCACAGGAAUACUUCGAGCCACUGAAGGAAACGAAACGACACUAGUAAUUCCGCUAGAGCUCCCCCCGAUGUUCUGGACCAAAGCGAACAGGCGUAAGCGGAGCCAGAUAGCCGCGGGAACGUCUUCUUGGGGAAGCCUGGACAUGUGGGAGCGACGAACCGCUAUAUUAGAUGAUGAGCAAUUGCCUCGAGAUUUUCCUGUGACUCUCCAGGCCGACUUUGACGACCCGAACUUCAUCAACAUCGGCCGUUGGACCACUUUCAGAUUCGUCAUCCAGAACACUGGAAACCCUGUUGAUGAAGUACUGGAGAUGCUGCAGGCCUACAACGUUGCAACCACAGUCCUGAGCCACUUUAGAUCCGUUCCGCCGCGCCUCCCCUUGUUGGGUACGCUUCUCCCAACACCAACGCUGACGUCUGAUAAGUCAUCGACCAACUACUCGCUGCUGUCUCGAGGAGCAACCUCUGAUCAUCUAAACUUCGAAGUCUACUACCAACUGGAAGUCUGCAUCUCUCGCGGCGUUCUGUCGGAGUAUUCUAUCACUCAGGCGUUCAUCGAUGAAUUGUCUCGUAUGGACAAGGACAGGGCAAAGUGGAUGCUCGAAUAUUUCGCAGACCUUGCAAAGAGGGUAUGGGACCCUAUGAAAAUGUUUGAAGAUGAAGACGCUCGUUUCUUCUUUCCCAAUGCUAGUAUGCCAUACUAUUGCACGACUAUCCGGAAGAUCACGGUUACGCCAUCGACAAUGCAUUUUUGCUCGCCAAACGUCGAGUCUUCAAACAGGGUCCUCCGGAAAUACAAUUCCUAUCAGGAUCGUUUCCUCAGAGUCCAGUUCACGGAUGAGCUCUACAAGGGCAAAGUCUACAACAAUGCCGGCACCGAGAUAUUCAACAGAAUUUACCGCGUCUUGAAGCAAGGGAUUAAAAUUGGCAACCGUGUCUACGAGUUCUUGGCGUUUGGAAACUCACAGAUUCGGGAAUGCGCAGUUUACUUCUUUUGCCCGACCGCCUACACUACUUGCGAUGAUAUUCGGCAAUGGAUGGGCGAAUUCAGUCACAUCAGAAACGUCGCGAAAUACGCCGCACGCAUCGGUCAAUGUUUCUCGACGACAAGAGAGAUACGAGGAGUCACUGUUCCUCGGAUUGUACAAGCAGAGGACAUUGAAAGGGGCGGAUAUUGCUUCAGCGAUGGCGUAGGCAAGAUCUCGAAACUAUUGGCGGAGAUGGUUGUCAACGAGAUGGGCCAGGAAUCAGUCGGCAUACCGUCAGCUUUUCAAUUCCGCAUGGGUGGUUGCAAAGGCAUGCUAGCAGUCUGGCCAGAUGCGAAGGGUCUCGAAGUCCACAUUAGACCUUCACAAGAAAAGUUCAAGGCGCAGUUCAACGGACUAGAAAUCAUCAGGUUUGCGCAGUACUCAGUUGCCACACUGAAUCGUCAGACAAUCACCAUUCUCGCCACUCUCGGGGUCGAAAGCGAGCCCAUCUUGCAGCUCGCUAAACAGCAGGUUCAGAAUUACGAGAAAGCAAUGCGUGACCGGGUUGCGGCUGCUGGCCUACUGGGAAGGUACGUCGACGAGAACAUGACAUCGCUGACAAUCAAGGACCUCGUCUGCUGGGGCUUCAUGGAUACGGAGGUGCAAGAGCCGUUUGUUCUCACGAUUCUAAACCUCUGGAGAAUCUGGUCCGUGAAGCUGUUGAAGGAGAAGGCCCGGGUGAUUGUUGAGCAGAGCGCUUUCCUUCUUGGAUGUCUCGACGAGACCGGAACUCUGAGAGGUCACUCAAAAGCAACAGAAGGGAGGGAGACACGGAAUAUUGAAGACAUUCCCCAAAUCUUCUUACAGAUCCCGAACCCCGACGAUGGAAAAUUCUACUGCGUCACCGGAGUGUGCAUUGUCGGGCGUAAUCCAUCUCUCCACCCGGGGGACAUUCGAGUCGUGGAAGCGGUUGAUGUUCCCGCCCUCCGUCACCUUAAGAAUGUCGUUGUGUUCCCCAGUAUCGGUGACCGAGAUGUGCCCAGCAUGCUUUCAGGGGGAGACCUCGACGGCGACGAUUUCUUUGUUAUCUGGAACCCGGCUCUCAUACCCCCGCAGUGGCACCAGCCGCCAAUGGACUAUGUAGCGUCAAAGGCCCCUGUGCUGAAGCGCGGGUUCGUCAAGGUAUCGGACCUGAGGACCUUCUUCGUUCGAUAUAUGCAGAACGACUGCCUGGCAUUGGUUGCUGUUGCGCAUUUGGCACAGGCCGAUCAAUCCCAAGCGGGGGCACGAGAUGGCAAAUGCAUAAAGCUAGCGGAGCUACACUCCAAGGCUGUUGACUAUGUCAAGACUGCAGACCCAGCGGACUUUCCGCCGUACCUUCAACCCAAGAGAUGGCCUCAUUUUAUGAACCGCAAGAAUACCUACAAGUCACUAAGCCCUAUCGGCCAGAUCUAUGACAUGAUUCAAGACCAGGCGCUUGACCCACUGUACGAGAAGAAAUUCGACAACAGGAUCUUGAAUCGCUUCACGCUUACAGACGAUCUACUCCAAAAAGCGCGCAAGGUCAAGAGACAAUACGACACUUCCAUGCGUCGCCUCAUGAGCUAUCGCGACGUGAAAACCGAGUUCGAAGCCUGGACCGGCUUCGUACUGUCAAGACCUCGAGUUGGCAGCGACUACAAGCAGCAAGAGGACAUUGGCCGGGAGUCGGCGGCACUGAAACAGAGGUUCCGCGAGAUUUGCUAUAAUGAGGCCGGUAGCAGGAACUAUGACGACUUUGCGCCGUUUGUGGCUGCAAUGUACAAAGUCACCGAGGAGCAGGUCAAUGCAGCACUCGCAAAGGAGUACGAAGAUGAGGAACACAAGCGACAAUCGAUGCCCCUGAUUAGCUUCCCCUGGAUCUUCCACUGGAUCAUGGGCCGCAUCGCCACCGGACACGUCAAGAUCAACCCGACCAUCGACCCCGAGGCUCAGCCGAUGACGAAGAAGGCCUACCCCUUUCGCCGCGUCGAAGGAGACAUGGUGCAGCAGGAGACUCAGCUGGACGGGGGAAGAGUGGUCCACCGGGGUGACCUGUUGGAGGUGUUCGAGAGCCCCACGAAGGAAGACGAUGGCGAGGUUUCACAAGCAGCAACCGAGGACGCCACCGCUACUGGUGGAGAGGAGAUACAUGUUGAGGAGGAGAGUGCCAUGGAUGCCAUGGACCGGCUGAUGAGCGGCGCCAUGGGCUAA